AUGAUAGACGACUAUUCACCCUCGCCGUUAUCAUCAUCAUCGUUUUUGCCAUCAUCGUCAAAGACAUCAUUAAAUUUCCAAAAAAACAAAACUGGAAAACCGCGUUUCUACGGCUACCUACCGGAAAUGCUUCAAACAAUGUCGGAACAGAUGAACUUUCGGUAUGAUUACCAUCUGGUGGCUGACGGAAGUUACGGACUUGUAAACGGAAACGGAAGCUGGAACGGGAUGAUUGGUGAACUUAUCAGAGGGGAGGCCGAUAUAGCGGUAGCUCCACUGCUUGUGAUUGACAACAGGAAACCUUACGUCGACUUCACACUUCCAUUCCUCAACUGCCAGACCUCCAUUCUAAUUAGGAAAAACUUCAAACUCAAAACCAUUGAAGAUCUGCUCAGCCAAUCAGAUUUGAAGUUUGGAACGAUAAGGCGGGGCGUCAUUCCACGCUCGUGCAAGAGGUCCAAUGAUACGACCAUGAAGAUUCUCUGGAAACGUAUACAACGCCACGCCCCAGAAGUUAUGACGUCAACAAACGAGGAGGGCAUAGAGAUGGUGAGAAGGAGCAAGUUUGCAUUUCUCCUCCCUGACGUCAUCGGUGAAUACAUAUCAGGCCAGAAACCGUGCGACCUCAUCAACAUCGGUCCUCUGCCGCUGGCUCCGAAAGGUUUCGGAUUUGCUCUUCCCAAACAUUCGCCCUACCUGUCUGCCUUCAACCGAGUUAUCCGGAACCUCAAGAAAUCCGGAUACUUGGAUCGAUUAAAGGCUAAGUGGUGGACUCCAGAAUGUUUGAGUGACAAAUUUGUAACGGAUUCCAGAUUAAAAAGUCGUAGUGGUAAAAGUGGAAAUGCUUUGUUGAGAUCCGGCCGACCGAUUAUAUUCGGAAGUAGCGGUGUAUCGUCGGUGUUUUUGGCAAAAAGUAAAUGGUUAUUAAUGGAUUAUUGUUUCAAUACAAUUUAUUUAAUGACUCUUUUCGAUUUAUUCAAAAAUUAUUGCUGA